UCCCCCAAAACACAUCACGGGGUGCCUGCCAUCCGCACAUUCUGGGCCCAGGGGCACCGCGAACAUACCUGCCCUGAUCCCCCACCAGGUGGGGCUAGGAGGGUGCGUGGGGUCCCUGCCGCAUGGACCUCCGCGUGCUUGCCUCUGGCCCUGGUGCAGACACACUUCCUGCGGAUCUCCUGUCCUCUCCCAGGUCCGCCCAGCCAGGGCCCUCUCCUGGUGACUGACCCCCAAGGUGUGCAAAUUCUCUCCCCCUCCCCAUUCCUACCUGCCAGUCACUGCUCGGGGGCUGUGAUUGCCUCUACCACAAACACCAAGGGUGCUUGGCAGGUGUCAGCUGGUCCCUCUUCUCUCCUUGCCCAUGUGCCAGCUGCCCACCACCCUGUCCGGUCCUGCAUGGAAAAGUCCCCAGAGGUGCCACCCCGUGUCCAGUGUGGCCCCUCUGCCUGCCUCCCCACCCCACAGUCUUAGCCAAAUCUCUGCCUCCGCAGGGCUGGGACCAGGACGGGGUGAGAGAGGCACUCACAUUGGGCACAAAACGUAAGAAAGUGCCCAGAACUUAGUCAUCGAGAUCAACAUUCCAUAAAUGCAAUUAAUUUGUGCCUCAAAUCCAUGAGGAACAAAAUGCCAACCUUUUAAAUAAAGACAGGAUCUGAUCUGCCCUGGCAGGACCCUGCCUCACUCUCCAUACCCAAAUCCUAGCCCUGAUUCCAAUAAAACUUUAUUUACAAAAACAGCCAGCCAGCCAUGGCCAGAAUACGCCAUUAGAUUUUUUGUUUUAAAUAUUGCUUGGAUAGGUGAGGACCAAUGAGGACUGUCACUGGGGCACCCAGCAAUGACACCAUAGAACUUUCACCCCAGCCUUGACCUGCUGUGUGACCCUGCAGGGACCCCCUACCUUCUCUGGGCUCACGGUCCCAAAGGGAAACAGAAUAGGGUGGUGGGGAGAAAUACAGCAUGAAAUCUGCUCCGACAUGUAGGGGUUUCUCGGCUCUUCUGCUACAUGUGGGCAGGGACUGGAUUUGGGGACGGGAUGCCCUUCACGCUUCCCGCACAGGCAGGGCAAGCCUCAAAUCUCAAAACAGCCUCCCAGGCACGUGCUUAAGCUAGAAUCUCACAUUGUCUUCCCUGGAUUUUCCAUCACUCUAGAUUAUUUUCCAUGCAUGGUAAUUAUGUAGCAACCGUUUUUUCUAAAUAAAUGCAUUCAGGAGGUGAGCGUUGGCGAGGGAGGUGAUUCAAUUAUUUUUCAAGAAAAAUCCAGCUGGCGUGGCUCUUCUGAGGCAGCAAGCAGGAGCCACUUUUUUAUUCGCUGGAAUGCAGAGAAGGAUGGUGAUUUACCCAACGUCACACAGCAGGUCAGAACAGAGGUGCUCAAAGGUGCAGUGCCUGCCCCGAGCAGAGGGUGCUGGGCUGGGCAGGCGGCAGGGGCCGUGCCCUGGGGUCGUCUCGGAGGGUCCUGAAGAAGGGGAAGUGGUUCUCCGGGAAGUGAAAGUUGCAGAGGAAACAGUGCCUUCACUGUGUUCCUGUCUAAGCAGUUGUUUGGGGCUCCCUGACCUAGCCAAACACUGGGAGCCCAAAAUGCCCGGCCCCCCAGUGUAGCAGAGGCCACCACGGCCGCCUGCCCUGAGCGCCCUCUGGGGCCUCAACCCGUCCUCUGUUGCCCACCCUGUGCUCAGUCUCUUGGAGCCCACCCCCCACCUUGGCUCCCGCGUGCCUCCUGCCUGGAAUGCCAGCCCACCUUUGAGGGCAGGAGGGGAAGUGAUGCGGGCGGUGGCCUGAGGUCUGACAGUUGGGCGGCAUUUCCGGCUGGCUGCCAGUGACAGGUCAGACAGUCUUGGGAGGCAGGGGCUGCAGCUAGUGGGGGUCUGUCCCUGAUGCCCUCCUGGCCCACAGUCACCACUCCUGAAGGCCGCUGUGCACCCUCCCAUUGCCAUCGAGGGCUCCUGGACACCCUGCAUGUGCCCAGCUACGCAUGCACCUGGCUCUGAUCUCCCCCAGGCAGCAUGAGCAGCCCCACGCCAGCCCCAGAGGCCCCGGGGCCCGUAAUGCCCACCUGGCGGACUCAGCCCACGUACAGCAACCUUGGUGAGGUCCGGGCCCACCUGCUACCCUGCAAGGCCCGCCGCCCCCGGACUUCUGGGUCCCUCUCGACUGAUCUGCAGCCCUUACCCCCACCCCUGCCCAAGAAGACCCUGGCUAGGACCCGGUCCCUGCCCACCCACAGGGCCCCCAGCCCCAGCCCCGCACAAGCAGGCCAGCCCCGGAGGCCCCUUCUGGAGUCCUGCAGUGUGGACGAGACCCAGGCCAGCGACAAGGCCCAGCCAGCCUGCCCCCCUGCAGAGCUGGCUGUCACUUCACUCGACACCACCGAGACAGGCCUCUCCUGGCGUGACCUGCAGUCUCCAGAGGCCAUGCACGCCGCGCUGGAGGCCCGGCAGCUGGAGGGGCUCUGUGCCAUGCGUGCCCGGCUCCAGGCCCGGCUCCUGGGGGGCCACCCGGGCCCCUGCCGCCCUGGCCACAGCUUCCGCCUCCUGGACAGCCGGCCCUGCGUGGAGGGCGGGGACGCCCUCUACUACCGCGUGGUGCGUGUGGACGGGGAGGCGUGGCACAUCUUGGCUGCCAAGGUGCCCAAGCCAGGAGCUGCGGAGCCCCACCCGUGGGGCCUGGAGCUGCAGGCCUUGCUGCCCCCCCACUUCAACAUCCAGGGGUUGUGUGGCCUGGUGCCUGAGCGUGGACUGCCUGAGGCACCCUGGAGAGGCCCCACGGUGCUUGCAGCCGAGGUACCCGAGCGCACUGUGACCCAAUGGCUGGCAGAAGAGAGCGCAAAGCAACAGCCGGCGGCGUUCCCCUGGGCCGUGGCCCUGCUGGCGCUGCAGCUGAGCACCGCCCUGGAGCGCCUGGAGGCGCGGGGCGCAGCCCUGGCCGAGCUGAGGCCGGAGAACCUGCUGUUGGCGGCGCCGCGGGGAUGCACAGCCAAUGGGCCCCAGCGCCUGCUACUGGCCGACUUCGGCUGCGUCCGCCCGCGCUCCCCGGGCCCCCCAGGCGACCACGCGCAGCAGAUGGGCCGCCUGCUCCGGGUGCUGCUCCGCCCCGCCUUGCCCUUGGCCACGCCCUUGGCCGCGGGCCUGGGGUGCCUGGCAGCCCGGCUGGCCCAGGCCAGGCCCUCAGCGGCCGGGGUGCGCGGCGCUCUACAGGCGCUGCUCUGGGGGCCUGGGCAGGAGCUGCGCGGCCGGGGAGCACCGCUGGGGUCCUGGCUGCGGGCACGCCGCUCACUGCUGGUCCUGCACCUGGCUGAGCGGGCCGCGGGCGGGGAGGUGCCUGGCCUCGAGGACUGGCUGUGCUGCGAAUACCUGGCCCAGGCCACUGAGGCCUCGCUGGGCCAUGCCCUGGCGCUGCUGUGGGACUGAUGCUCUUGGGAGCGAAGCCGCUGUUCCGGCCUCACCAAGGGGCAGCACCUCUUCCCAGGCCUGCACCAGUCAGAGGUCCUAACGUCCAGGGUGGAGUGUCCCCCCCUUGGAGAGGCUAGGCCGGUGGGGAGUGCAGGGGCGUGGACACGCUCCUCCAUGGCUGCCACGCUUCUCUGGUAGCUACAAAGGCCAAAGGUCUGUACAGGAAGGCAAGUGCCUCCCCCUUCCAGGGCUGGGAACUAGGCCUGUGUCUCCUGAGGCUUUCUGAUGCCAGGCCGGCCACCCCCCUCCCAGGUGUGGAGCCCCCAUCUUCCAGCAGAGGCCAGGGUGCCCUUCCAGCGCUGGGGUCUGAUGGGCACCGUCUCCUGCCAACGCCAGCUUUGGAGCACUCCCGGUCCUCGGCCCUGCAGCACGACCUCGUGCUGAGGACGGCAGGUGGCUCGCAGUGGGAACGCCCUUCCCAAAACCUGCUCGGGGUGUCUGGGAGGAGGGCAGGCUCGCUGGACCCCCAGACACUCAGCCCUCCCAGCACAGCCUACCCCGGAGGAGUCUGAACUCACCUGCCCGAUGUGGCCCUGCCACCUCG